AUGCUCUUCUUCUUCCCAAAUCCGCCCCCUCCCAUUCCAUUGUCCCCUUUUUUAUCUCGUUAUUCUUCUUCUUCUUCUUCCUCCACAUCCUUUUGCCUUCAUGACAGCUCCUACUCUUUCUCCAAAGUCGCUUUUGGCUUCCCUCGGGGAAGCACUGAUAAAACGCCAUUUCUCGGCGCUGGUUUGACCUUUACGCACGAUAGAACGCUGGGUUUUGUCGGGCAGAGGGAAAGGCCAUUUUAUCGGCCUCUUCAUCCCGUGACAGCCGUCGUCAAGAGGAGGAAGGAGCUUCCGUUCGACAGCGUCAUCCAACGCGACAAGAAACUGAAGCUGGUCCUGAAGAUCAGGAAGAUCCUGGUGAGCCAGCCGGAUAGGAUUAUGAAUCUGAGGGAUCUGGGCAGGUACCGAAAGGAACUGGGUCUCACUCGGAAGCGCCGUUUCAUCGCUCUCUUAAAGCGUUUCCCUGGGGUCUUCGAAAUUAUAGAGGAAGGUGUUUACUCCCUUAGGUUCAAGCUGUCCCCUCAGGCAGAAAGAAUUUACUUGGAGGAAUUGAAGCUGCGGAAUGAGAUGGAGGAUGCGCUGGUCAUAAAGCUGAGGAAGUUGCUGAUGAUGUCAUUGCAGAAACGAAUUCUAUUGGAAAAGAUCGCCCAUUUGAUGACCGACCUUGGCCUUCCACCAGAUUUCAGGUCCACCAUCUGUGGAAGGUAUCCUCAGUACUUCAUGGUGGUGCCCACUGACCGGGGCCCUGCUCUGGAGCUGACACACUGGGAUCCGGAAUUAGCAGUGUCUGCAGUUGAGGCUUCAGAGGCGGAGACUAGACUGAAAGAGAUCCAGGAGAGGGAUCUUAUAAUCGAGAGGCCUCUGAAGUUUAGACGAGUGAAGUUACCAAAGGGUUUGAACCUAUCGAAGGGUGAGAUGAGGAGGAUUUCUCAGUUUAGGGAUAUGCCUUACAUAUCACCGUACUCUGAUUUCUCAGAAUUGCGACCUGGUACUCCUGAGAAGGAGAAACAUGCUUGUGGAGUUAUUCAUGAGAUCUUGAGUCUCACGGUGGAGAAGAAAACCUUGGUAGAUCACCUCACGCAUUUCAGGGAGGAGUUUAAGUUCUCCCAACAACUGAGAGGAAUGCUAAUCAGGCAUCCAGAUAUGUUCUAUGUCUCACUGAAGGGCGACAGGGAUUCAGUUUUUCUCAGGGAUGCUUAUCGGGAUUCUCAAUUGAUUGAGAAGGAUAAAUUGUCUCUCAUAAAGGAGAAGAUGAGGGGCCUUGUUGCUGUCCCCAGAUUUUCUGGAAUGCGCACCAUGAAAACUGAUGAUGGUGAUGCAGAAAGCAUGGGUGACAAAAGAUCUGGUGCGGAUUUUGAAGAUGACUGGUCUGAUGCUGAGGGUUUACUGGAUGAGGGGUUAAGAGAUGAGUUUGAUGGUGACACUGACUAUGAAGAUGAAGAUGCUGACCCUCAAGACUUUUGGAGUGAUGACGAUGAUGAUGUGCCCUCAUAUUUAAAUAGUGACGCAACUUCUUCUGGGCAAAAGACAACUGCAAAGCCUGUGUAUAACUCAUCUGGAAAAGAAGAGAAAGUUCUUCUUCCGGUGUACCCUGAUGGUAGACCAAGAGAGCAGUGGUGA